AUGGCGGGUUGCUCGCAUUAUGUGCGAAAAUGCGCCUUUUUAACGCCUUGUUGCAAUAAGAUUUACACCUGCAGACUCUGCCACGAUGCCUCGGAGUCCCAUGAACUCAACAGAAAGCUUGUAUCGCAAGUAAAAUGCUUACAAUGUGGCGAAAUACAGGGCAUUCUUCCACGGUGCCGAAGUUGUGGCAUCACAUUUGGUUUCUACUUCUGUGCGCUGUGUCGCUUGUACGACGACGCUGAUAAGGGACAAUUUCACUGUGAUAUGUGUGGUAUAUGCAGAGUAGGAGGCAAAGACAAGUUCUUUCAUUGCGCUAAGUGUGAUAUUUGUAUUCCAAUCACUCUAAGAAGCUCCCAUAAAUGUAUUGAGAAGAGUUCGCGAUCCAACUGUCCGAUUUGUUUGGAGGAUCUUCACACCUCUCGUGUUCCUUGCCAGGUUCUCAAAUGUGGCCAUCUUUUGCAUCAGACUUGUUUUCAGGACUGUAUUUCGUCCUAUGUGCUCACUUGCCCACUGUGUGGCGAUCCUAUGGUCCAACGAAGAUGACAGCGGAUGGUGUGUUGAGAGAAAUUGAUGACACUGCAGAUUUUAAACACAAUAUUUUUAUAUCCCAGAAACUUGCAAAUAAAUUGAUGUAAAAAAACGGGCAAAACCAAAUAUUGCUAAAUGGAGAUGCCUCCAAAAGGCCGUUCAAACACGUUUUUUCCUGUAUUUUAAAUGUGCUGUCCAGAUACAGUACAUGACUUCCCUAAAAGCAGAAAGAGGAAUUACAACUCAGUUCUUUUCCAAUUUUAAGGCUUGAAAUUAUUGAGAACAAUAAUGCAAUGGGUUUGUAUGAUAUAGAUUGCUCGGAUUUGCAUUAGAUUUGGCAGGCUGAUAGAACAAUACCAGAUUGCCAAAAGAGUGUCUGCAGCAGCUAUAUAACAAUGAUAAAUCCAUCGAAAGUUAGGGCAAUUUGAUCACUGGUUAUUGCUGAAAAUUGAAUACUACAGCUUUGAUAUAUAAUUACUUUUGAAUGAAA